UUUCAUCAAGAGGCUAGGCCUAGCAAAAGUUCAAGGCUUUGGGAAUCAUAAACAGAACGUUAGAGAGAGUUGAGAUACAGAGAAAAUGGAUCUUUUCAGUGACGAUUGUAGUAGAGACCAGGAUUACUACGUAGAAGACGAAAGUGGAGAUGAACAACGUAACUGGAGCUCUGGUGAUGAAGUUGAAGUGAAUCAUGAACUUGAAGAUAGCACAGAAAGUUUUGAAAAUGAAUUAAACAAGUUAAAGGAAAAUGUAGAGAGAAGAAGGUCCUUUGGCAUGGAUAAUGACUUUAACAUGGAUGAUGAAAUGUAUAACGGAGUUGCAGAUGCUGCUGAAUCAAAUCGGCUUGGCAACAAUGGAAAGCAGCCGAAUAACGAUGACCUUCUUUAUGACCCAGAUAUGGACGAUGAUGAUGCGAAAUGGAUGGAAAGAGAAAGACAAAAACAUAUUCCAAAAAUUCCGCACAAGUCUCGUGAGCUAAAAGAGGGCGAAACAGCUUCUGACAAGACCAAGGGUAAUGUUCGUAAGAGCGAUGCAAUACUCAGCUGUCCAGCUUGCCUGGUUACAGUGUGUAUUGACUGCCAAAGACACGAUAUAUACAAGACGCAGUAUAGAGCAAUGUUUGUGCUGCAUUGCAAUGUCUGCAGAGAUGAACUGCUUCGAUAUGAAAAUAAACGAAAAAAUGCAAGGAAAAGAAAGGAUGGGCCUGGAAAGUUAAUACCAGCUACUGAAGACAGUAAAUCGAGCGAAGUUUAUAAUCCUGUUAAAUGUACUGAAUGUGGAACUGUUUUGGCCGUCUAUGAUUGUGAUGAAAUUUAUCAUUUCUUCAACGUAUUAGCAAGUCAAGCCUAACAAUUAUUCGAAUUAACCUUUUGUAAAUAGGUAGUAGAAUUUGAGUUAACUUCACUACUUUAGUCACUCACAGCA